AUGAAGAAAAUCGAGCCAUUAAUGUCUGACGAGGUAUGCAGACACAUCCAUAUCACUUCUCAUCCCAAGGAAUGCCCCCUUAAGCGGGAGCUCCCGCUCUGCCACUUUUUUAUUCAUCGUCUUUCUCUUCGUUUGAUGCAUUAUAAAUCUCCUUAUUCGUCCAACUGGUUAGCUCGUUUAGUGUAAGGACGCGGACCUCACUUGGUUUUUUAAAUUUGUUGCCGUUAGGAUUAAUUUUAAAAUUAAUUACUUCAGGUGACCUGCAGCCAAGUCCUUUGAUCAUGCUUUUUUGGCCGUCAAUGCUAUAGCUAUUUACUCUUGUGUCGACGCCCAGAAUCCCUGACGAACGUCCGGCGUAUUCUUGGCGGUGAUAUUUUAUCCGUUGUAAAAGCUUGCUUUUAUUACCACUGAACUCCCACAACUUCUCAACCUUUUAGUCAGGCGUCCGCUGCAGAGCCUUCGCUGAGAGGGUGUUUCGUGGGCGGAACUUGGGACUAGUGUUAAUUAAUAAAUCAUAUGAACCAGAUUGGCGCCUUCUAAGUAUUGAAGAAGGACGGCGCCUUCAAGAGUCGACCAGCCGAAUGGCUAACGUUGCCCAGGAUAACAAAGUACCCUGUGUUGCUGCCAUGCCUCCGCUUCUUGCCGUUAAACUUCAACGGCUCGGUAAAAUCCCUCAGCCUAUUGUUGAGGCAGCCAAAAAAGUCGAUUGCCCAGUAAACUCCGCAUCUGCGAAAGAGGCCAACGGGUUCCUUUUGUUGACAAAACUUCCUGACGACCCUACACUUUUUCAGGUAAAUUCCUGCCUCACAUAUGAAAACCAAAUUUUUUACUUAUCCAUUCAUACAGUUCGCGCUGAACGGUUAACUGCGUUUCUCUCCAAAGGUGCCCAUCGAGCCAACAGCAGAAGAAAAGUCCCGCAUCUUCCCUUCUUAUGAGGCACAGGCAGCCGAUGGUCUCGUUCUAAAAAAGAAAACAGACAAAAAUGUCUACUACAUUCGCCGAUCGGAUACCCCUGGAUUGCGUUGGAGGGUUGAGUUAGCGCAGAAGGAUAUAGAAGAUGAGCUUUUACAGGAUACUGGCCACUAG